GAAGCACACCGCGCGGGCAGCUUGGUUUGAUGAGAGGAGCGAGGGAAAGAGGGAUAGAAAAAAAAGAAGUGCGGCAGAUUUCAGUUCCGACUGUCUACGUUUUAUGUUUUUUAAAAAAAUAAUUAUUUCUUGAGAUAAGAUGACUGAAAACUGGUCUUCAAAGCAAAUCAAAGACAACUUAGACCAGGGACAAUUAGCUGUGAAAGUAAAGAUUGAGAAAGUGUUGCCUGAAGAAGAAGCAAAGUAUGGGCAGUGCAUUGCGAAAGAAUAUACCCAGGCAUAUCCUGCAGAGAUGGAACUGGAAUUGGGGAAAGUCAAAGGUGAAGAAGUGAUGAUGAAUGAAUCCCCUGAGCAAUUUGACUACUGGUUUUGUGAGACCUGCCAAGAAUACUUCAUGGAUGAAUGUGCUCUUCAUGGAUAUCCAAUAUUUAUCGCUGAUACACCUAUACCUGUAGGUACGCCAGACAGAGCAGCUCUUUCAGUUCCUGCUGGAGUAGCAGUUGUGAAGGAGCCUGGAGGGGAGAUUGACGUCCGUUGUUUAGAUUCCAUCAUUUCAAGAGGAAGGAUAUUUGGACCAUAUGAAGGAGAAGUGUGUCAAACUGAUAAAUCCUCAGGGUUUUUCUCAUGGCUGAUACUUGGCAAGAAUAACACCUAUAAGUCCAUCGAUGGCACUGAUGAGACCAAAGCCAAUUGGAUGAGGUAUGUAGUAAUAUCAAGAGAAGAGAAUGAACAGAAUCUCAUGGCAUUCCAGUACAAGGAGAAAAUUUACUUCCGUGUAUGUAGGGAUAUUCAUCCUGGAGAGAGGCUGAGAGUCUGGUAUAGUGAAGACUAUAUGAAACGUCUCCAUGCGACAACACAGGACACCAUAGAAAGAAGCCUCCCAGCUACGGAAGCAAAGUGCAAGAAGGCUAACCUAGGAAGACAUUCCAUUGAAAAAUCCACUGGAAAUCCAGGGACCUCCAGAAAACCAGAGCUUCUAAAUAAGGAUGACUUUGAAAGACUUGAAAGUACCAAUCCCAACAAAGGUGGAAAACGUAGCAACAAAGAUGGAGACUGUAGCCCAAGCCCUAAAAAAAAGAAGCUGGAACAAUUCUCCAAAAGCAGCCACGACUUGCCUGUUGAUUCUUCAAGAGAAAAGCUUGGUUGUCCCACUUCUGGUCUGGGUCCAUAUGAGUAUGUAUGUUCUAUGAAGCAAGCUAGCAAUCUUCAUAUAACUACCUCAUCUCCUGUACCUCAAAGGUCUCAGUUUGUAGGCCGCAGUGGACAGGAACAUGAAAUCAAUAAAUUGAAUGCAGCACAAACAAAAUAUUCAUCACCAAUGGACAAUCGAAUUCCCACUCGACAAAGGCUCAGGCAUCAAGAGGGAGACACAUUUGACCGUCCAGGAACUUCCUCACAGCAAAGUACUCUAUCUCAAUCAAGCACCAGAAGCGAGAUAGACUUAAGGUCCCAACAAAAGGUUAAUGAAAAGCAUUUAAGUUCUGGCUUUCUCCAAGCAAUAGACUCUGGGUUUCUUCAAAAUACUGAAGAAAACACUUUGCCGCCAGAAACUUCAGGUGGACGGCAUGGGGCUGUGGCUAAGGAAGGUCUUCCAAAAAGCCAGCCCACAUCGUACUGUCCAAAUUGUGUAAUACUACAAGAAAAAAUUCGACAGCUCCAAGAGGAACUAGAUCGACUGAAGUCUAACUUGCCAGCUCAAGAAGGACAGACUCCUGUCCCAGUUGUCACGGAUGACACAAGUGAGCAGGAGAUGGAUUCAGCUGAUGAGUCGAUGUCCAAUGAGAUGCUGGCUACAACAGAUGAAAUAUCGAAAAUAUCGACUGGUACAGGCCGGAGGAUCAGACGCUUCAAGCAUGAGUGGCUGAAAAAGUUUUGGUUCCUGCGCUAUUCACCUACUCUAAACGAAAUGUGGUGCCAUGUCUGUAGGCAGUACACUGUACAGUCCUCCAGAACAUCAGCCUUCAUCUUAGGUUCGAAGCAGUUCAAAAUCCACACUAUCAAGCUUCAUGCCCAGAGUAAUCUUCAUAAGAAAUGUUUACAGCUUUAUAAGCUGAGGAUGCAUCCAGAAAAAACAGAAGAGAUGUGCCGGAAUAUGACGCUGUUAUUUAAUGUAGCCUAUCACAUAGCCUCUGAAGGAAGGCUUUUUUCUGAUUUCAGAUCAUUGGCUGAACUGCUGAAAAAGUGUGACUUAAAGAUCGUUGACCAAUACUUGAAUGAGGGAGACUGCCAAACGUUAAUUCAUCACAUUGCAAUGUCUCUUCGUGAGGACCUCUUUGAGAGGCUCAGGGUGUCGCCAUUUAUGAGUGUGAUUUUGGAUGGGCAAACAGAUGACUUGGUUGCUGAUAACGUAGCUAUAUACAUUCAGUACAUAACUAACGAAGGGCCAGCUGCUACAGAGUUACUGUGCCUACAGGAAUUGAGCUCUACAACAGUGGAUGGUUAUACCCAAGCACUGGAUAGGGCCCUUGGAGGCAUAGGGAUCAAAUGGAAAGAGGAAAAAUUAAUUGUAGGACUGGGGUUAGAUGGAACUAAUAUGACAACAGGACUAAGGGCGGGUUUAGCCAUGAAGAUCAAGAAAGCUCUGCCUUGGCUACUCUCUGUUCCUUGUGUCAUACAUAGGCCUCACCUGGAAGUAUUGGAUGCUAUUAGUAACAAGGAACUAACCUGUUUGGAAGAACUAGAGAAUAACUUAAAACAGUUGCUGAGUUUUUAUCGUUACUCCCCCAAACUCAUGUGUGAACUAAGAGCUACUGCAGCGACACUUUGUGAGGAGACCGAGUUCCUUGGUGACAUUCGAGCUGUCAGGUGGAUCAUUGGAGAGCAGAAUGUCUUGAAUGCAUUGAUCAAGGAUUAUUUGGAAGUGAUAGCUCAUCUUAAAGAUGUUAGUGGUCAGGCCCAUAAGGCAGACGCUGCUGCCAUUGCUUUGGCUCUGCUGCAAUUUCUGAUGGACUAUCAGUCAGUUAAGCUGAUCUAUUUUUUGUUAGAUGUCAUUGCUGUACUUACGCGGCUGGCGUUUAUUUUCCAGGGUGAGCACCUUCUCAUUACCCAUGCAGAUGACAAGAUAGAAGAAGCCAUUGAAGAAAUCAGUAGAUUGAUGGAAUCGCCAGGGGAGUAUUUACAAGAGUUUGAGGAGACCUUUCAUGAAAACUUCCAUGGUGUUCCUCUGAAAAACCUAAGAGUAGCAGAAGCCAAGUUUAAUUCAAUAAGAGAGAAGAUUUGCCAAAAAACUCAACUCAUUCUAGCUCAAAGGCUGGAUUGCAAUAGCCGUGCAAUCAUUAGAGCAUGUCAAGUGUUUGAUGUUGCUACAUGGCCGCAAAAUGAGGAAAAUCUGAUGAGUCAUGGUGAAGAAGAAAUCAUGCACAUAUAUAAGCAUUUUGAAGUAAUUCCAUCUUUUACAAAGGAAAUUGGACAAGAUGGCAGAGAUAUUCGGGGUCAUUUAUUGCAGGAAUGGAGAGAGCUCAAAUCUGAGUGUUACAACAAGAAUGGUUUCAAGGAGUUGAGCCGUCAUAUUUUUAAGUAUAAACAAAGGUUCCCAAUACUAAAUAGGAUUAUUCAAUUGUUGCUUGUUUUGCCAACUUCAACAGCAGUUUGUGAGAAAAGUCGUGGUGCCUUUUACCGGAUACGUAACAAUAACAGGUCUCGACUUAACCUUGACCAACUUAAUGACCUUCUGACUAUUGCUGUUAAUGGACCACCCAUUGGAAGCUUUGAGGCAAAGAGAGCACUGGACUGUUGGUUUGAAGAGAAGUCAGGAAACAGGUAUUCUUUGUCACCAGAGAUGUUAAGCAGAGUUACUUCACUGGACCAGAAGCCAAUGUUACAUGGCCUAGAGUUGGGAAAUGAUGGUGUAACAGAUAUUUAUGAAACCAUAAUGUAAAUGGUUGGUGCUUUUAAAUACUUAUAAUAUUAUUUUCCCCAUUUAAUGGGACGAACCCAAAAUACGUUGGUACUUUUUCAAAAUGAUAUUUUGUGACAUGCAAGUACAGAUACCAGACCAGUGAAUUUAUUAGGAAUUUGGUAAAAUUUCACCAGUCAGCCAACUUUUAGGAUCCAAUUCCUAGAUUUAUUGUCACUUUUAGAAAAUCAGAUAUUGAAAAUUAAAAUAAUCAGCGUGAUAUGGUCUGCUAAAAUUUUGGUGCUGUCUUGUCACCAAAAAUAUUGACUGCAGUUUGCUUUUAGUAAUGCAAACAUUAGAUAAUAAGCAAAGUCAUUAUAAUUUUUUUUGAAAACUGUGGUUAUUUAUGCUGCCUAAGACUGACACAGGGCCACCUUGAUCAGUCUUUAACUAACCUCUCAUUUACAUAAACAAUAAAUAAUUAACAAUUAGUGUCUCGGGAGAGGGAAGGGAGGGGAAGAGUUAUAAGAGAUAUAAAAUGUAUAGCCGAAGGGAUUAAAAAAUAUAUGUAUUUACAUUAUUUUUAUAGAUGAUUACUGAUUAUACAUUGUCACGCUUUUCUGUCAAGUGAGCAUGUCUUAAAAAUGGCAGGAAAUGAACAAAUGUAUCAAGGAAAUAUAUUUUCCUUUCUUAUUUCUUUAUUAUUGUGGGAGGAAGCACAUAUUAACAGGCACAGCAUUAGCUCACCUUGUCCAGCUCUGAUCUAAGCUAGACUAAAAAUCUAUUGAUAUGUGUGCUUAUAUAGCUGUAGUGAUAGAAAUUAUUGUCAUGUCUGAGAUAAUUGACAGACUCAAUUUUUCAUCCAGUUGUAACUGGAUGAUAGUCUGUGUCUGAAAUUGUCCUGAAAUCUCCUAUAGUGAGACUAUUUUGAUAAUUUCAAUUGGAGAAUGGUAAAGUCAUAUAGCAAUAUUAUGUAUUGCAAGAAUAAUAUUUAAACAUUAUCUUUCGUAGCAUUUGUUGAAAAGCAUAGCUUACUUAUAAUGCCAGAUGUUGUCACUGGCUAUAAAGCACUUUUAUUACGUACUUUGACAUGUAUAAAUGACACAAAAUCACACUGCAUCUUAGUCAUGCUAUAUGUCUGUGGUUUUUACUCAGAAUACAGUUCUGCACAAAAAUAUAUUACUGUUGUUAAAUCAACAAAUCCACAUGUUUAAGCUAUUUUUUCUUCAGAAAUCUACUGUGAGAUUGAGACUUUAGUUGUACGUCAGGUAUGACUUUUGAGCGUUUGAAGUAGAAACCUUGGAGGAACAAAAAAAGAAAUACUUUAUUAAUGUAAUAAUUCUGCAUUAAAUUAACUUUACCAGUAGAAGUACAAUUCCUGUCUCCAGGUGUCAUUGGCAAUGGUCAGUAAAGUUUACCAAGUAAAUAUGAAAGGCUGCUAUUUCCAGGUGCCCUUAGUAUAAAAUUUACCAAAUGUAGCUCAAGUUUUUCUAUGACCACAACAAGCUUUUGCCAUUUUAAAUACUGAACAGCCCUUGCUGGUGCCAUUAACUCCAGUUUAGGCAGGAUGUUCAAUACUUGAUUGGACUUUCAUGUGAACCUUGAUAUUAAGGUAAAGCAAUGCUAUUGUACAACCAUAGAUUAAAAUUAUUAUAUAUCAUUUUAAGAGGGCAACUUAAUUUUCUCUGUCUUUACGGCUCAAAUGACAAAGAUUUGGGGAAAACAUGCGAUUGCCGGUUCUAUAUAGUCAUUUAACUGAGUAAUCUUAGAAAUAUCUAUGAAUUUAAUCCUCUGCAUAUUAGUUACCAAGUGCAGCUUUAUAAAUGCAGCAAGACUCACCCUAAGAAUGGAUACAAAAUGAUAGGGGCUUUAAUGUGUUAGAAAUUGACAGGCAAUUUGAAUAUACCUUUACUGACAAAGUGUGGAUAUGUGAUUAAAUUUGUAUUGUAUAGCCUUGCUAAACACUAAUUUUGGCUGCCGAUAGUGCAUAUAUCCUAGGUAAGAAUUUUAAAACGGCAUAAUUUAAAACUGAUUGCAUUAUAGUGAAUUCAUAACUCUUAACUAAAUAAAUAAAAUUCAGAAUACUGUGAAAGUUUUAGUAAAUUCUUAUAGGGUUGAGCAUAUUAAUAAUAGUUCUAAAUAUUAAGAUUGAAGCUGAUUUUGCUAGCAGGUUCAUUUCUGUAGUACAGCCUCAUAAAAUAUAUUUUCAAAAUGCCUUGUUUAGUAACUAAUAUUAGGCAAUAAGCUUACUUAGCAUUAGGCAAUAAGCUUACUUAGGAGCUAAGCUGCUGACAAGUCCUUAAAUUGUAUUAAAUGUAAUCAGUUAAAGGAAUUAAAAUGUACAAAGGCAAAAAUCUUACAGCAAUUAAAAUGCUUUUGGAUUCUAAAGUUAAAAUAUUUGUGCAAUCUGUGGUUUGAUCAGAAUCAGAAUACAUUUUUCAUUAUUGGUGGACAUCAUUUGUAAUAUCUGCAAAUGAAGAUUUGCAAAUGGAAAAAGGUGUGUUUAGUCAACAUAAUUAAUCUCCAGUUUUAAUAUGGUUUGUAUAUUUUUAAUACAUAUAUAUUUUUAUAACUAAGUGUAAAUUGUUAUAUUUUAAGUUACUAAAUUUACUUGUUCAAAAUUGUUUACUGUGAUAUAACAAGUAAUCAAUAGAUUAACAAUUACAGUGAACUAAGUAAUAAUUUAGUUAAGUAAUUUUUAUGCAGAAUUGAUGGAACUGGGAGUGAAGGUAUUAAAGAUUCAAAAUGGUCACCAUGGCCAUGUUGGGAUUCAAGUGGUACUCUCGGGAUCAGAGGUCAAUUGGAAAGGAGGAAGAUGAUGUAAGUGCAUUGAUAAAGCUAAAUGAAGUCCACCAUAAAAGCAAUAAUUUGAGCAGAUGGAUAUGUGGGUGCAUGGAGUGAGCUAUCUUUCUAAAUUUGCCUUUUUAUGGUUUACAUGAUGUGUGUGGACUAACCAUUAUGCAUAUAAAAAUUGAACCAUCUGGAUAUAAUAGAAAAAGUAUAUAUUAUUGAAGGGCCUCUUGGCAAGUUCAAAUCACUUUUCAGUUGCCAUUCGUAUAAUUUCUAUCAUUAAUCUCUGAUGGCCAAGGGAACAUAAGGGAGAGAAUGGCCUUACCAAACAGGACUUUAUGUUGGAACUUCACUUGGAUGUUGGCAUUUACCUGGAGACAAAAACCACAUGAAUGACAUACAUUGUAUUAUGCAAUUUGAUUGGUGAUGGUGUCAGUCAAGGUGCUGAAGACAAAUUACUGUAUAUUUACUACUGGCUACAUAUAUGAUUUCUUUUUAUUGUUUAGUUAACAAUAUAGAUUUUUAAGCACAAUGUAGCAUCUAUUCAUAUUGUGUUUCCUUCAACAGAACCCAUCUUGUAUUUGUAAGUGAAUUUAAAAUCACGGAUUAUGCACUUUUAUUGAAAAUUUAUUUCUUUUUGUCUCUUUGUUAAUCAAUUUUAAUUUUACAUUACCUGCCUGAUACCAUUAACCUUAUUUACUACCAGACCUCCAGGAUUACUAUUGGCAUUUGUCAAAAACUAUGUUUGAUUACUUUUUUUUAAGAUGUCCUCCAUUUGAUGAAGCACUUUGGUUCAUCCUGAUUUCCUACUCGAUGAGUGUGUAUAUAGGGGAUUUGUAGAUUCAAAUCCUUCCUCUCAGUUGAUAUUUGGUUUUAUACACAUAUGCAUUGCAAAUUUGUGUCCUAUGAAUUUACUUUUGCCAAGACUUCAUAACAGUCAAAAGAAGAAAGUAAUCAAAGUAAACCUGAGUCAUUGUCUGAAGGUUCCCUAGUAGUAGAGUCAAUUUCAGAUUUUCUUUUAAGGUACUUGCCAGUCAGCCCCUAUAUUUUAACUUGAUUUAAAAUAGUCUGAAAAACAACAAAGUUAUGAAUAGUUCAUAUAUUAUGAGCCUUCAUUUGAAAGAUGUUCUGUUGGAUUUUUUAAAAUGAUAGAAUAAGAAGGAUUCUGUUUAAAUUUUUGUUUCUUACUCUUCCUCAUUCACCUUUGUCCUCUGUCUCCUUCGCAGCAGAACAUACAUUCAGCUUUCCAUAGAAAGGAAGUGCUGUUAGGGCUUCAACAUUGUGGCUCCUGCAACUCCAAAGGAAUUCAUUUUCUUAAGGUUGCAUUUGUAAUCACAUAUAUGAAAUGAAAACUUUUUUAUCACAUAUAAUUUUGACAGCAAUUUCCAUUUCAUAUGGAAAAGCAGUUCAGUAUUGAUCUGGAAUCGACAUUCAACCAGAUGCCAGAGCAAGGAAGCGAAAGGAGUUUUCCACUGUUUACAUAUGACAUUGAGUGAAUUGUAUGCAUAUGUUAGUAUUUUAAACCCAGCUGGCGUAAGGUAAAUGUUUAAGGAGGUUGGAUACUCCCAUAUCCCUUCUCCCUUCUCCAUUUUGAACAUAUGCAUUUGUGACAUAUAGAAAGCAAUGUCCAUCCAGUAAUACAGGCAGAGUCCUUUGCUGGCAGGGGCAUUAUAGACUUACAUCCUGCUACUGAAUGGCAAUUACUGUUUUCAGACUGGUAAAUUCACUGUAAGACUUAGAUUGCUCCUAGGUGUUUGUAAACACGUUCCUCUGACUGUUAAGCUCAGUUAGUGUUCGUCCCAGACAGUUUCAUUUCACUUUGCUUCACCUUGAAUUCUUACUUGUUCAUUCUGGUUCACUUUAAGAUGUCAUUCAUUGACUCCACCAUAUUAAAGACAGAAUUUAAAGAUUUUAUGACUUCAUUGUGAAUGCUGGAUAUAUUUAUCCAAAAGAUGUGCUUAUCCAGAGUACCCCAUUCCUACUUUGUUGCAGUACACUGGUUCAGCAGUUUUUGCUGUGAAUUACCUGUAAGGUACUUUUGAUGAUAUUUACCAGGGAAAUUUGGAUAGGUUAUCAUACAUAAUACAGUUUCUUAUCAAUUUUUUUUGGGGUGGGGGUUACUGCAAAGUAAUUAGUGAUAAAUACUGAAAAUGAAUUCAGCAAAUUUACUUUGAUUGUGAUGCUGUGUGCAAAUAAUAGAAUUCUAUAGGAAGGAAGAAGGUCACUUCAUUCGAGAUAGUUGUGCAAGCUCCUUGAAAACAAGUUAUCAAACUAUCCCGGUUGCUCCCAAAACCUGCAAUAUAUUUUCACUUAAAAUAUGCAUGCAAUCUGCUUUGAAAAUUACUAUUGCUUCCUUUAUUCUGAAAGAUGAUAACAGAUUGUGUAUAAACAAAUGGGUGUAUGGUUUCUUUAUGUGAUUAAAUCACAUGCCUUUCCCAGUGAUUCUUUUACCAGUUAUCUUAAAUUUGUGGUCAUUGACCAAUUGUAGCUUUGCCAUUACUCUAUACAAAUUCUUCAUAAUUAUUAACACCUUUAUUACUUUUCCCCUAACUCUCUGCACUAAGGAACAAAUGUAGCUGGUCUCUUAUCUCUGCAUCUCCUCUGCACUCUUACCAAGGACUUGAUAUAUUUUCUUAUAUUUGCUGAUUGAAAUUGAACACUUUAUCACCUGCCAAAAGCACAACACAUAAUUUAUAAUUCAUACCACUGUCAGUAACAGGUGACAUUAAUAAUACAGCAAAAUUUAUUGGAAGUGCACAAUUUAAAAAAAAAAUGAAUCAUUUUCAAAAUUUGCAAGGUUUUAUAAUGUUCAAAAAUAGACGGUCUACUAAAGAACAGUUACUCCUUGGCAUCAAAAGCUUGCAGUUCCUGGUGAAAUACCCAGGUUCAGUUUGCACUGUUUUGUCUUACCUGAUCUCUGAGAGCACAGGAGCAGACAUCCUACAGUUCCGUUAGUCUGGGGAAUCUAGAAGGAGGAAACAGCCAAGGUUCACUUUUAAUGAAGAGUGAGGGAAGAAAGGUAAAACCAAGAGGUGUCAUCAAAAAUAAGACAUGAAAGUCUUCAACAUUUAAAAGUCAGAGCCUAGAGGUUAUAAUCAAGUUUAGAUAAAUAGGCCUUCCGGAUGAGGCAACACUUCACCUGCAAAUCUGUUGGGGGUGUCUCCAGUACUUGGGUGCUCUCAAUGCAGCCUGUUCCACAUUGGUGAGACUCGAUGUAAAUUGAGGGAUUGCUUUGUCAAGCAUCUCCGCACCAUUCCCAAAAAUUUCCUGGUGGCCAACCAUUUAAUUUCUUAUCCCCAUUCCCAUUCUGACAUGUUGGUCCAUGGCCUCCGCUUCUGCUGCGAUGAGGCCACCCUCCGGGUGAGAAGCAACACUUCAUGUUCAAAAUAGGCAGCAUCCAACCUGAUGGCAUAAACAUCAAUUUCUCCUUUUUUUCCCCCUCCUCCUUCUAUUCCCCACUCUGUCCUCUUACCUCUUCUCUUCACCUACCCAUCACUUCCCCCUGUGCCCCUCCUUCUCCCCUUUCUCACACGGUCCAUGCUCCUCUGCUAUCAGAUUUCUGCUCCAGCACUUUGCCUUUUCCACCUAUCAUCUCCCAGCUUCUUUCUUCAUCCCUCCUCCCCACUCACCUGACUUCUUAUAGCUGUCUUCCUUCCAUUCCCCUCCCCUUCCCCCUUUUUAUUCUGACGUCUUCCCCCUUCCUUUCCAGUCCUGAAGAAAGGUCUCAGCCCGAAACAGUGACUGUUUAUUCAUUUCCAUAGAUGCUGCCUGAUUUGCUGAGUUCCUUGAGCAUUUUGUGUGUGUUGCUUUGGAUUUCCAGCAUCUGCAGAAUCUCUUGUGUAGAUCAAAUUGUCAUGCAAUAUAUUGAGACUUUAAAAUUAUUUUAAAGUUCAGCUAAAUGGGGUAGCCACUUAACUGGGACAAAAUGUACGAGUCCCAGUGUGUCCCAAUUAACUGGAAUCCACUGUGUAUAUAUAUUUUUGAAAUAAGCAAUGCUAAUGUUCGACAAAUAAAAAUAAUUAGAGGAAAGGCUAAAACUUUUUACGAGCUUUUUUCAGUUUUCAAUUUAUUAAAUUUGUUGAACUUUUCUCCAGAUGUAGCAGACUGUUUAUAUUUAACAGGUCCAUUUCUUCCUUCUCUCUCCACUGCACUAAGCCAUAAUACUCUUAGAGGGUAAUUUUAUUUUUCAUGUUAUUUGUAGGUUCUGUUUAAGGAAGUACAGUAUGUAGUUUUUUUCUGAAUAUUCAGACUAUAUUUCCUGUCUAAUUAAAAUUUCCUCUGUAAUCUAUAUGUUUAAUAAAAACAAUAAUGUUUAAUGCUGAUGAUUUCAAAUAAGUUGAACUUCUUGUAAAGUAUCUGCAACUCUUCUGUAACGUAAAGUAAAACAGAAAAAGUUGGAAAUGCUCAG